AUGAGUGUAAAGCUCGGGUUCACUACUAGUUGUACAAGGGGUGAAAAGCAAAAUUCAGAUGGGGUAGAAACCCAAAUCACACAAAAUGACGAUGGUGAACGAAAUAGCAACCAUAAUGAGAGUGAACCGAGCACUUCACAAUCAGGGAUGCCAAAUUCAGUCGACUCGGUACAGAAUCAAACAGAACAAUUCCGUUAUCGAUCCACAAAACCUCCUCAGGCAUUUUUACCGAAAUUUCACGGAGAUGCUGAAGAGUUGGCCGAAUAG